AUGGCCGUCGCUACUAUAUCGGAUGAAGAUUUUGACACAAACAAUGAUGACAGAUAUCUUGAGCUCUUCUGUCUUAUUUGGCUCGAUGAUAAUAUAAAUGCUAAAGAAACUCGAGAUACUGAACAAAAUUUACGUUCAAUAAUUAAUAAUUUGAAGAAGUUUCAAGAUGUAAAACAAUGUCAAGAGUUUAUUGAACGAAGAUCACAAAACGAUCGAUUAAUACUCAUUGUUAGUGGUCAAUUAGGAAAAAAGAUAAUACCUUGUAUUCAUCAAAUUCGACAAGUUAUAUCAGUUUAUGUUUACUGUAUGAACAAAAAGAGCAAUGAAGCAUGGGCUUGUAAAUUUGCAAAGGUGAAAGGUGUCGAGAUUGACCUUGAUAAACUUGUUUCUCGAAUCAAAACCGAUCAUAAAAUUCAAAAGAAAGUAGAAGAACCAUUAUCCAUCAAUAUCUUUACUGCAAGCGCCGACUCGGGUACAUCAACAAUGGAAGUCAAUGGUGAAUUUGUUUUUUCUCAGGUUCUUAUUGAUUGUCUUCUACGACUAAAAUCCACUCAAGUAGACACAAAGGAGCUCAUUAAUCAUUGUAAAAAUGUAUAUGAAGAUAAUCAAAUCGAGUUGAGUAAUAUUAGUGAAUUUCAACAAGAUUAUUCACCUAAGAAAGUCUUACGGUGGUAUACUCGAGAAUCGUUCUUUUACAAAACUCUCAACGCUGCCCUACGUACACAAAACAUUCACUUAAUUUUUUUAUUUCGUUCAUUUAUUGCUGAUCUACAUCAACAAUUACAAGAUUAUCAAGCUAAACAUCGUCUACGAGUUUAUCGAAGUCAAGUGAUAUCAAAUGAUGAACUGAAAAUUUUGAAGCAAUCUCUUGGUCAACUUAUUUCUAUAAAUUCAUUUUUUUCCACUAGUACUGACUAUUGGAAAGCGCUUUCAUUUCUAGAUCUUUCUGAUGCUUCAGGUGAUUUAGAACGAAUAUUAUUUGAAAUAAAGGCUGACCCUAAGAUAGUCACUACACAACCAUUUGCUGAUAUUAGUAAACAUAGUGAAUUCAGUGAUGAAGCAGAAGUACUCUUUAUGAUUGGGUCUAUUUUUCGUCUUAAAAGUAUUAAGCGUGAUGAAAAUCAAGUAUGGAUUAUUCAAAUGACUUUGUGUAAUGACGAUGAACAUGAUCUAAAACAAGUUCUUACGUAUAUGAAACAACAAAUUGGAAGUGGAGAAACAAAUCUUCGAACAUUAGGAAAAGUACUGUGCCGAAUGGGAAAAUUUGAUUUAGCCGAAAAAUAUCUUAAACGUCUAUUGAAAGAAUUACCAUCAAAUCAUCCAUUAAUUAGCAGUGUAUAUGAAGAUCUAGGCCAGCUAGCAUCACAGACAGGACACUUUAACAUGAGUGUUCAGUGGCAUCAAAAAUCACUUGCAUUUAAAAACGAAAUUGAAUUAUCUACCAAUUCCAAUAUUAAUGAAAUUAAAACCUUCAGUACAAAAUCUAUUCCGUCAACUCACUCCAAAGAAAAGACAAAACGGAUACAAGAUAGUGUGAGUAUUACUGGAGGCCACACAUCAGACAAUCAAUUAAAUUGCCCUUAUGGUAUCUAUGUUGAUGACGAUAAUCAGAGUAUUUUUAUUGCCGACUGGGGAAAUCAUCGUAUUGUUGAAUGGAAAUGUGAUACAAAGAAUAGUCAAGUUGUAGCGGGCGGGAAUGGAAACGGAAAUCGUAUGGAUCAAUUAAGUUUUCCAACAGGUGUGAUUGUUGACAAGAAGGAUGAUUCUCUUAUAAUUUGUGAUUGGGGAAAUAGACGGGUGGUACGAUGGCCUCGUCGAAAUAGUACCAAUGUACUAACUCUCAUCUCGAACAUUCGAUGCUCUCAUCUAGCAAUGGAUAAUGAUGGAGAUCUGUAUGUCUCUGAUACUGAGAAGCAUGAAGUGAAACGAUGGAAAAAAGGACAGCGAGAUGGAACAACCGUAGCAGGUGGCAAUGGAAAAGGAUAUAAUCUCAAUCAAUUGGAUACUCCUAGUUAUAUCUUCGUCGAUCAAGAUUACGCAAUCUAUAUAUCGGAUGAGAACAAUCAUCGUGUAAUGAAAUGGAUAAACGGUACUAAAGAAGGAAGAUUAGUUGCUGGCGGACAAGGUGACGGGAACAGUCUUACACAAUUGUCUCGUCCUGCAGGAGUGAUCGUCGAUCAAUUGGGUCGUGUCUAUGUGAGUGACAGUCGGAAUCAUCGGAUAAUGCGUUGGUCGAAAGGAUCUAAAGAUGGUUCUAUUGUUGCUGGUGGAAAUGGAAAAACAGGACAACCAAAUGAACUCAAUGGUCCCAACGGUUUAUCGUUCGAUCGACAAGGUAAUCUCUAUGUAGCCAGCCAAGGGAAUCAUCUCAUACAAAAGUUUAGCGUCGACUAA